UCUUGUGGUGUAGUGUGUUCGUGUGGGCUAAACCAAGUGUACAGCUGAACCGACAACCUUCAAACGUUCAGAAGAAGAACAUUUAUCUGGAACACAACAUGCCGGAUAACACGGGACGUGAUGCUCGCAUGAAAAAGGAGGACCUUCCUACCGGGGAGGACAACAGGAAGCAGAUCAUGGAUAUGUUGACGAAACUGAUGAAAGACGCUAGCCUCAACGAUGAAAACGCGCGUGUGAUUGGUUUCGUGGUGCCCGCCACGGAUAACGAGCCGGAAAAGUUUGUCCAGCUGUCCGAUUUGGAACGUUCACUCGAAGACAUGGCACUGGUGCACGAAAUUGCCAUCAACGACAAGUUUAAGUUGAAAUCACCGCAACCGAAUACGUUGAUGUCCACGGUACAGAAAACGAUGCGCGAUACGUACUGGAAUAUGUUGCGCGCAGAGCUUUCUCAGAGUCCGCCAUGCUACACGAUGGUGAUCCACCUGCUGCUGGAUAUAAAAGAAGCAUUUAAAGCGCUGCUGACCGGCAACAAUGAUCGGGCGCUGCAGGCCAUUCUGCUCGUGCUGGAUGAGAAUAAUAUUCGCCAGCUAGCAGAUGAUCAUGGCAGUGCCUUGCUGAAAGACAACGCACAGUUCAUCAUCAAAAUCAUGGCCAUGGCUUGCUCUCCUGCGCGUGACGCCGAGGUUGCAGCAUUGACGCGCGAAACCGAACCACUCACACAGCUCCGCGGUAUUAUGGAGGUGCUGGAUAAUAUGAAGCUUGAUAUGGCCAACUUUGUGUUGGCAAACACCCGGGCCCAGUUCGUGCGCUACUCAGUCGAGUACGAGCGCAAGAAAUUUGGCGAUGUGCAGUCCAUCUGCAAAAGCAACUUUCCCGAUACCAUGGCAUGGUUGAAGCGUAAUAAACCAUCUAAGAUGGAUAAACCUUCAGUCGAAGGUGAGGAAGCGGCUGGUGGUUCGUCCGUCCGGCAGGAGGCACGCACGAUCCAGCUGAACGAUGUUCAGAUGCCGGAUUACUAUAUCAAUGCGUACCAGGAGUUUCUUCAGCCGGACACAACGUACCCAAUUCCAGAGCUGCUGAAGCUGGACCAUGAGCGCAUGGUGCAAUUGAAGGAGCGGGCCUUGCGCAUAUGUACGUGCGCAACCGUAAUGCAGCUGACUAAUACGUUCUUUUGUAAACCUGCCAACUAUCCGCAACGCCAAGAUUUGGCUGCCAAGUUGGCCAUCAUCAGCACGGACUAUCCUGCAAAAACCGAACUUAAGGAAUUAUUGCAACAUCUCUGGCUGCAGGUGCGGGUCAGCAUCAUCGACCAGUUAACAAAAGAACAGCAAGAUGACGCGACAGCCAUGCUGCAGAACAAUAUUUUAGCCAUUGACAGCAAGAUGCCGGUGUAUAGCCUCCUUUGGCGUAAGCUGAUGAUUUAUCUGAAGGCACUGGUAAUGGCCGAAAAGGAGGAAAACGUGGCUUUCCCUGACACCUACGUCGACUAUCGUCCGGAAACGGCACAGGUUGCAGGACUUUUCAAACGGAUCGUUACACAUAACUUUGAGGUGUACGGCAACUUUUAUCAAAAAUCUAUGCAGGAAUGUUAACUAUUUAAUUACUUUUUUUUUACUCCAAAUAAUUGUUUUUUAAUGAUGAGAUUGAAGAUUGCUUAACUAACACGUUAACAACACGUUACCGUAAGAAUACGAACAACAACAAAGGAAACGAAGAAUUUGGAGGUGAAUUGUACGAGGAGUUGAAUCGUUUUGCCCCUUUAGAUUAUUUUCUCUCUCUCAGCAUUGAUUUCAAUAAACAUAUAUAUAUAUAUAUAUUUGCAGUGUAUUAGUCGCACUGCCGGUUAGUUAACACACGUUUCCUUGUAAGUAUUAUUAAUUAUUUGAAGAUCAACUUGGGCAAGAUGUGAUAUAAUGUAUCAUAAUGGAUCUAUAUAUGAAUUAAAUAAAC